CAGUAAAUUUUGGUUUUGAAGUGAUUUUCUUCUGCGUGUCAAAUGGCUUCAUCUGGUUUGAUCUCUGAUACUGAGCCUUGGAAGGAUUUGAAGGGCCAUGUUCAGGACAUCAACAAGACCCAUUUGCGUGAUUUGAUGAAUGAUGUUAACCGGUGCCAGGCAAUGAUGGUUGAAUUUGAUGGGAUGCUGUUGGAUUACUCCCGGCAACGUGUAACCCUUGAUACCAUGGGGAAGCUGAUCAAAUUGGCAGAGGCUGCUGGUCUCAAAGAUAAGAUCAACCGAAUGUUUGCCGGAGAGCAUAUAAACAGCACAGAAAAUAGAUCCGUGCUUCAUGUAGCUCUUCGUGCUCAAAGGGAUGCAGUUAUACAGAGUGAUGGGAAAAAUGUAGUCCCAGAUGUUUGGGAAGUUCUGGACAAGAUCCAGAAGUUCUCUGAAACAAUUCGGAGUGGAUCUUGGGUUGGAGCCACUGGAAAACCACUGAAGGAUGUUGUUGCUGUUGGUAUUGGCGGCAGUUUCUUAGGUCCUCUGUUUGUGCAUACAGCUCUUCAAACAGAUCCAGAGGCUAUGGAAGCAGCAAGAGGACGGCAGCUGCAUUUUCUUGCAAAUGUUGAUCCUAUUGAUGUUGCUAGAAGUAUUGCUGGGUUAAACCCAGAAACUACCCUUGUUGUGGUAGUUUCAAAGACCUUUACAACAGCCGAAACUAUGUUGAAUGCUCGUACCCUUAGGGAAUGGAUUUCAUCAUCUCUUGGACCUGAUGCAGUGGCAAAGCAUAUGGUAGCAGUUAGCACUAAUCUUACGCUUGUAGGGAAGUUUGGGAUUGACCCUAAGAAUGCUUUCGCAUUUUGGGACUGGGUUGGUGGUCGUUACAGUGUUUGCAGCGCUGUUGGAGUGCUACCCUUGUCUCUUCAAUAUGGAUUUUCACUCGUUGAGAAAUUCUUAAAGGGAGCUUCGAGCAUUGAUCAACAUUUCCACUCAGCACCAUUGGAGAAAAAUAUACCUGUUCUUUUGGGUCUGUUGAGUGUAUGGAAUGUUUCAUUUCUGGGAUACCCUGCAAGGGCUAUCUUACCUUACUCCCAAGCAUUGGAGAAGCUUGCUCCGCACAUUCAACAGGUUAGCAUGGAAAGUAAUGGCAAGGGUGUAUCCAUCGAUGGUGUACUACUUCCGUUUGAGGCUGGUGAAAUUGAUUUUGGUGAACCCGGAACUAAUGGUCAGCACAGCUUUUACCAACUAAUUCACCAGGGUCGCAUUAUUCCUUGUGAUUUUAUUGGUAUUGUGAAGAGUCAGCAACCUGUUUACCUGAAAGGUGAACUGGUGAGUAACCAUGAUGAGCUCAUGUCUAACUUUUUUGCACAGCCAGAUGCCCUUGCAUAUGGGAAGACCCCAGAACAGUUGCAAAAGGAGAAUGUUGCACCGCAUCUUAUCCCUCAUAAGACUUUUACUGGUAACCGGCCUUCUCUCAGUCUUCUACUUCCAUUACUGAAUGCUUACAAUAUUGGGCAGUUGUUGGCAAUCUAUGAACACAGAAUUGCAGUGGAAGGUUUUGUAUGGGGCAUCAACUCUUUUGACCAGUGGGGAGUAGAAUUGGGGAAGUCAUUGGCGACUCAAGUCAGAAAGCAACUCCAUGCAUCUCGUACAGAAGGAAAAUCGGUUGAGGGCUUUAAUUUCAGUACCAAGACACUGAUGACAAAGUACCUGGAGGCAAGUUCAGAUAUCCCUGCUGAGCUACCCACACUUCUACCCCGGAUAUAAUUGCGGUCACUUCUGCUGGCAAUUUUUCCCCAAGUGUCUUCGGCAGAACAAAUAAUGUUUGCUAAUGUAAACUUGACAUUUUUGAGCUGUAAUAACUGUUGACUGAUUAUGCUGCCCAAAGUGAAACAAUUACACUAUAUCAUAAAUGAAAUGUGUGGUUUACACCACCAAAUGGUUA